UCAUCGCCAUCUUGGUUAUCCUCUUGAACUUGUUAUCGUCUCUCGUCCAGGGGUUUCCCAACUCUAAAAGUGUUUAUGAUUUUUAUUUACUGUUUUAAAUUUCGUCCGGUCGCAGAUGGCUUGUCUCAAUACUUUGAAGCAAGAAAUUAAGACUCUAGAAGCUGCAUUCCCCAAAAAUCAUGAAAGAUUUCAGAUAGUGAACGCGAGUGUAGACGAGUUGAAUUGUAGAUUCGUGGGCAAGAAUGGCAAGAAAUACGAGAUACACGCCAACAUUACUGAAACCUAUCCUGGAACACCGCCUGUAUGGUUUGCUGAUUGUGAUGAUACCAGUGUAACCAAUGCAGUGCAAAUUCUUAGCAACACGACUGGUUUGGAUAAUCAUGUCAUAAAUCAAGUACCAAUUUUAGUGCGAGAAUUAUGUCGACUCCAUAUGGUGCAAGAGCCCUCGAAUCUGGACACAGUAAGAACAGGAAUGCUUACCCCACCCCCGGACGUUUCCAUGGACGAAGACGAUAACGAUGAUGAGGAUGAUGAAGACAAUGAAACAGAAGAUGAACUCCAUUUAGAAAUGGACGAGAGCGAAAUAGUGUCCAAAAAUAAGGCUGAUGAAAUGGACAUGGAACAUUUAGCCACCCUCGAAAGAUUGCGCCAAAAUCAGCGAGAGGACUAUCUCAAAGGAUCUGUGUCAGGAUCUGUCCAAGCUACAGAUCGUCUUAUGAAAGAACUUAGAGACAUAUAUAGAUCUGAUAGUUUCAAGAAAGGUAUAUACAGUAUAGAACUUGUAAGUGAUAGCCUUUAUGAGUGGAAUAUUCGACUGAAGUGUGUUGAUCCAGACUCGCCACUCCACCAUGACCUAUUAGUUCUCAAAGAAAAAGAGGGCAAAGAUUCCAUCUUAUUGAGCAUGUUGUUCAAGGAAACUUUCCCCUUUGAGCCUCCCUUUGUUCGAGUGGUCCAUCCAAUUAUCUCAGGAGGCUACGUAUUGGUUGGAGGCGCUAUUUGCAUGGAAUUAUUAACAAAGCAGGGCUGGAGUGGUGCAUACACAAUAGAGGCUGUUAUAAUGCAGAUAGCUGCCACUCUUGUAAAAGGGAAAGCACGAAUUCAGUUUGGUACUUCCAAAGUAGUUAAUCAGGGUGCGUACAGUUUAGCUAGAGCGCAACAGAGUUUCAAAUCUUUAGUUCAAAUCCACGAACAGAAAGGUUGGUACACACCUCCCAAAGAAGACGGGUAGAUCAUAUGAAGAAGUAAAAUUUUCUUAUCCAAACGUGACUUUCAAACGCAACUUAGGUUGGUUUGAUGGAAUUAUCGCAAAUAAUAGACAAUUUUUGUGGUUUUUUUCUUUUUUUUCAUUUUUUAAUAAAAUCGGUUUUGAUGAUAUCUCAUUAAAGGUCAAUUAAAUAUAUUCGUAUAUUUGAAUGGUGUCAAAAUGUUCUGAUUUGAAUGUAAAUGAAACUCGAAAAGCAUUCUAUUCCUUCGUGUAAAUUUAUUCGUUAUUUUAAGUGAAAUCGAAACUUAUUUCAAUGUUUUUGAAUUAGUGAAUUUUUAUUGUUUGAGCGCGUAUGAUAGUUUUGUGUAAACUUAAUUUUGUAUCGGAUUAUUAUUUUUAUUUUAUCGUCUAGGCUCUUCAUGCUGAAGAGCUUAUACUUUAUCGUAAACUAUUCCACCUCUUAUGUUCCCAGUUCAUUAUAUUUAUUUCUUUAGUUAAGUUCUGUUACAUAGCGAUUAUUUUGUAAUUUUUAUCUUUUUUUCUAAGGCCCAUUUGGUCCAAAUUUCUCCUCUACUGAUUCUUGCAACUUCACUUACCUCUUGAAUUCAGAUUUUUAUUUUAUUUUUUUUUUAUUUUGACAGGUCUCUGAAUUUAACUAAAUAUUUUCUAAUUGGCAUUUUAUCCAUCUGUUUUCCUCAUCUUAAAUUUUAAAGAAUUCAGAAACUGUUCUCACACCGUGAUUCCUCAAGGAGAGAUUUUUCUUGUAUAAUUCUCUCCCCCCUUUCCUAUCUUCCUGGUUUUUCAGUAAAUGAAAUUAAAAAUAUGGAAGAUGUUGGUAGUUAGGAAUAUGAAAAAAUUAUAAUCUCCCUAUUUCUAAAAAAAUAAAUACGGAAAUGUAAUUAUAUUCUUUUUAUAUUGAAUGGCACCUUUUUGAUAGAGAAGUGUGUGAUGUAAAUGAACAUCAGGUAUUUUUUGAAAGUUUUGGGAAGUUUACCCAAAUUAAAUUUUUAUGUACAUGGUUCAACAGUUUCUAUUUCUCCUAAAAGCUCCAAUUAAAAGAAACUAUUUUUCACUAGAUGUGGAGGUGGCCAGUUGAAAUUUUAAUGAUACACACGCACAGUUAUUCCUUUUUUCAUCAUGUACAUCAAAUCAAUGUUCAAGUCUCCAAGUCAACCUUGUUUUUAAAAAGUAUGAUUAAAAAUGAUAAUUUGUUAAUAACAUAUUGUUACAUAAAUGUCUCGUACUUUACCCCAUCAAAUUUUUUUGAGAGGGUAUAAAAGCAUUCAUAAAUUUCUCAACACUUCAGGUGGUCUCAUGUAAUUAUUCUUUUUAAUCAUAAUUGUCUGGUUUUCCCCUUGGGUUUUUUGUUUAUUAUUUUUUUUUUUAAUUCUUUUAUUUUUCCUUCGCCACUUUUUCUUCUUUACAUUUCCUUUUCUCAUUUUAGCUUGAUUCAGUCUUAUUAAUGAAUUGAUACAUCAUUUUUUUUUCAUUUUUUCCCCUUUUUUCCUGGAAACGGAAAGCGCUCCUUUUUUGGAGUUUCCUUUAAGAAUCUUUUGAGGUUAAUAUCUUUAUAACCCUGGGAAUCUUUUUGCACCAUUCCAACAUUUUUAAAUCAGAUUCCAGUUGUUGCUGGAAAGAAUUUGAUGUGCAAAAUCGUAAUAAUACAUUUUAGAUUGUACAUACUUUUCCUGUCAUAAUCCAUUCUUGAAACUAAUGUUGGAAUACCAACUUUACUCCUAAAAUGUUAUUUUAGAACUAAAGGAACAGAGAAAACAGUAGAAAAACUUCUUUUGUUUUUUCCCUUUAACCACUGUUUGAUCCUGCCAGUUAUUGUUUGUUUUUCUCUUUGUUUAAAAUUUGUAAAACUUGUGCAAUUUGAUUGAAUAGAGAACCAUGCCACACAACACAACCAUGUUUACAAUAUUAACCAUUCAGUUACAGCCUUUUGUCUCUGUAAAAUAAAACUAUCUAAUUUUAAAGGAA